AUGGCCGUGUCGCUCAUUAGUGCCAACUUGGCGACCAUCUCUAUAGAGAGCUUUCUCUAUGGCGUGUUCGUCAUGCUUUACACUUCCUCUGUCUAUUUUUUGGUGCAGCGUGGCCAGCGAAAACUCAUAUCAUUGGGACUGCCUGCAAAGUCGAUAUACAAAGCUCCCAUGUUCGUUGUGGCUCAUAUCAUUUUUUGCACCGUGACUGGGCACUGGAUAUUGACCGUGUACAGGCUCUUCUACGCCUUUGUGAACUAUGAAGGCGGUACACAGGCUACUUGGGUGUAUGCCAACCUUGCGCUUGAUUCCGAGAUUGUCAAGUCAGGCCUGCUGAUGGCUACGCUCGCUGCAUCUGAUGCCAUGAUUGUGAGCCAAGUCCCUAUUUUCCCUCAAGGUGCCGCAAAUAAAUGGGUCGCCAUCCCCCCAUUGAUUACCUGGUUGGGCCUGAUUGCGAACGGAAUUGGUGUUUGCCUGCAGUUCGCUGAGUUUACCAUGGGCGAAUACGUGUAUGCCGACUAUGCUGGUCGAUGGGUCACGGCUGACUGCAUAUUCACGUUCCUCACGAACGUAUAUUGCUCUCUGCUCAUUUCGUGGAGAGUGUGGCGCAGUAGAUCUCGUGCGAAGCCUCUACGUAACAAUAGCGCACUUGGGGCCCUUGCUAUAAUAGUGGAAAGCGCCGCGAUACAAACUGUCUGGAACCUGAUCUUUUUCGUCCUUUUCCAAGUGCGGAGCAAUGCCCAGUUUAUCGCGAUCGACUUAUGGAGCCCUAUGUCCGGCAUCGCGUUCAUGCUCAUCAACCUACGCGUCGCGCUUGGCUGGUCCGAUAACGGCCUGUAUCCACAAGAUUCCAGCAAACAGCGGGCGUCGGGACAAAACUCAUCUCUGACAUUCAGUCAGCAAUUUCCCAUGCAGCCACUCUCGGUGACUAUCACACGAACUGUAGACCAGAUAGACGACGGAGGGUCUUUCGUCGAAAAACAGCAGGAAUUGGCGGGCGAAAACUUUGGGGAAGCUGUCUGA